UCACCGGCGGUCUCUUAAAGGUACAGACCAGGUAAGCGCAGCGAGAAAGUUUGUGAUCUUUCUUGCUGUUAGUUUGGGAAGUGUGUGUAUGGGUAGGAUAUGGAUCGGAGUUGGGUAACUGGUCACGUGUUGGCAGUUCAGUUUAGGUGAGGAGAGCUCGUAUUCCAAUCAGAGCAGCAGCAGGAAGAGGAGGCUGGCUCUGUGGAUUUUCUCAUAUUGUGCAAGAAAAAAGGAUGCGGAAAUAUCGCUGCGGGCUGAUGGUUCGAAGCAGUGGAUCUGGCUGGGCUAGUGAUCUCCCGAGCCCUCCGCUGUGAGUUAUACCCUUAGGAGCAGGAUACUGAAAUGAGUAAAGGCGUAACACCAUCUACUUACGUGCGUAACCUUAAUCUGGGGCUGAUUAGGCAGUUGGCAGAUUUUCUGGACCCUCAAGAGGGAUGGAAGUCAAUAGCCACGGACAUAUGGAAACCUUCGGGUGAAGCUAGAUACACGCAGUUUCACAUAAGGCGAUUUGAAGGAACCGUCCAUAAGGGAAAAAGUCCUACGUGUGAAUUGCUUUAUGACUGGGGAACAACAAACUGCACUGUAGGAGAUCUCACAGAGUUGCUAAUGAAGCACAAUUUCUUGACUGCUGCUUCUAUCCUGCUUCCAGAUCUACAUAAAAGCCCCACGUAUUCCAAUGUAACAGUGCCUGUAGGCGGUGACAGUAAAGUACCAUGUCCGGAACAUGUUAUUAAGAAAGAGCAUAAUAUUCCUAUGUGUGACAGCACAAGUCCAGAAGAAAAUGACAAUGAUACAGGUUACACUACUUUUGCAUUUAGUGAGCUGCAGAGAAUCACAAAUAAUUUUGAUGAUCGAUCCCUCGGUGAAGGAGGACAUAAAGUGGGAGAAGGAGGUUUUGGAACUGUUUUCCUGGGAAAAGUAAACGACGAAAUGGUUGCUGUGAAAAAACUAAGCGCUCUGCUUGAUGCUAGUAUUCAGGAGCUGGAAAAUCAGUUUGAUCAAGAAAUUAAAACAAUGGCAAAGUGCCAGCAUGAAAACCUUGUAAAAUUGCUGGGGUAUUCCAAUGAUGGUGGACAUUACUGCCUUGUUUAUAUGUAUAUGCCUAAUGGUUCGUUACUGGACAGGCUGGCUUGUAUGAAUGGCACACCGCCUCUAUCCUGGCAGAUAAGAUGUGAUGUUGCAUUUGGGACAGCAAACGGAAUAAAGUAUUUGCAUGAAAAUAAACAUGUCCACAGAGAUAUUAAAAGUGCAAAUAUCCUGUUGGAUUCUGCCUUUGUCCCCAAAAUUUCAGAUUUUGGGCUUGCAAGGGCAACUGGGCAAUUGACAAAGACUAUGAUGACAGAAAGAAUUGUUGGGACCACAGCAUACAUGGCCCCUGAGGCUCUACGAGGAGAGGUGACUAUCAAGUCCGACAUUUUCAGCCUUGGUGUGGUACUGUUAGAAAUAAUUUCAGGACUUGCACCAGUAGAUGAAGAUCGAGACCCUCCAUUACUGCUUGAUAUUAAAGAAGAAAUUGAGGAAGAAGAAAAGACUCUAGAGGAGUAUGUUGACAAAAAGAUGAAAGAUGUACAUUUUAAGACACUGGAAAAAAUGUAUUCAGUUGCAAGUGACUGCUUACACCAAAUGAAAAAUAAGAGGCCAGAUAUCAAGACGGUUCUACAUGGGCUGGAGUGCAUAAAGACCACCCUUUCUGGUUCCUGAUUUCUCAGAGCUAUAUGUAUUAAAAAAGAAAGCUGUAAUACAAGUUGUUAUGGUUCUCUUCUUGCAGAAAAGUACAAAUGUGGCGUUACACAUUGUUCGCACAAAAUAAAUGUUCAGGUUUAUGGAACGUGGAUUAUGAAAGUUGUGGUCUAACAAUGAAGCACUAUAAUCAUUCAACUAAACGUACUGAACACAGUACUAGCAUUAAAUUCCAUGCUUUUGUCUGUCCUUAUAACCUGUUACCUCGUAAGAAAACAUUUUGUUAUGGUUGUAUUGAUAUUCAUAUUUAUUUACAUUCUUUUAAAGGAAAAAAUAAAGUUUUAAUAAAAA